AUGGGGAACCUCAUCGGUGUAUUAAGAGUUUCCUUGAUUGCACUGGAAUACAUUUCUUCUGCAGUCGAUCGGUAUCACUUAAAGAAUGCGGUUCUUGACGGAGGAAUCCCUUUCAACAAGGCCUACGGAAUGACUGCAUUCGAAUAUCACGGAACCGAUCCCAGAUUCAACAAGGUGUUUAACCAGGGAAUGUCUAAUCACUCCACCAUUACCAUGAAGAAGAUUUUGGAAGUUGACAGAGGGUUUGAGGGACUGAAGACCGUCGUCGACGUGGGGGGUCACCAUGAUACUACACGAGUUUCUCCAGUUCCUGCUCUUACUCGUAGAGUUGCUGAAGAAACUAAAUUAGGAAACAUGCGUCUCCCGGCUGAUGUGCCGCUCUCUUUACCAGUAAUGCCAUUGCAUCACGACACCGAAAUAUGGGGUGAUGAUGCGAAGGAGUUCAAGCCAGAGAGGGAGUCAACAGCGUUGUUACGUUCCAUUGUGUUCAUCAGCAUGAUCAGUUCUUUACGUAGUUUAGAAGUUGUUUGCAACUUUGCAUUGCCGAGCAGUUCGAAAUGCCAAGAAGAGAACAAGUUAUCCUUGCAGCCCUUAAAUUUGUCCUGCUCCGUUCAGUUGUUUGAAGCUGUUCUAGAUGUUGUCACGGCUGAGAAAAGCGGCCAUGAUUAA